AAGUAAUUUUGGUAGCGGAGAGAGAAGAAAAGAGGAGAAUGGGAGGUCGGAGCAGUGAGAGCAGCAGCGGAGAGGAAGACGGAGAUGCCGACUGGAAAGCCAAAAUCAAUUCCGUCGCAUCCUCCUCCGCUUUCUCUUCUCUUAGGAAUGGUUCUUCCACUCUUUUCAAUAAUCCAACAAAUCGUAACCAUGCCGAGGAUGAUGAUAACCAUGAUAAUGGGUACCACACACACAAACCCCAACAGCUCAAGCACUAUCAAGUCAAGGCACAAAAGAUUUUAGAUGAUAUCCUAGAAAAGACACUAGUGACAGUGAGAGAUCCUGUUGAUGUCCCUGAACAUGAUCCCGAGACUGAUGAAGGUGGCAUCCGCUUGUUUAAACAUGCUCCCCCUGGAAUAGUUUUUGAUCAUAUAGAUGAGCUUCAGCAACCUAGAAAGAGACCAAGAAUCCUUCCUGGAAAAGAGAUUGAUGAGAAAUCAAAGAAGUUUAGAAGACAGAUCCAAUCGGUUGCUGUUGGUGGCGAAUAUAUAAUGGCUGCAGCAAGAGAUACAUGCCAAAAAUCACUGGCUAGACUGGAAGCUAAAGAUGCAGCAGCAAAAGCAGCAGCUAAUAGAGAAAAGGAAAGAAUUGCAGAACUGAAAAGGAUUAGGGGGGAGAGAUGGCUUCCUUCAAUUGCCAAAAAAAUGCAGGUAAAGCUUCCAGGUUGAAAUAUGUUUCCUCCAGACUUUCUGCUUCUGUGUUGUUAUUUUUCUGGGCACCAUCCCAUCGUUUUUUUUUUUAAUAGGUAAGCACCAAUCCCAUUGUUCUCAUUUUUUGAUGGACAAGUAUUCAUUUUGUAAUCUCUUAUCCUUUGUUGGCCUCUUUUUUUUGGGCCAAGCAAUUGGAAAAUACUUAAUUUCAGAAAUCAUAUUCCCAUGAUGAGUGGAGUUUCAAACUUUA